GGUCUGAAACCGCGUUACGGACAUAUUUUCGGUGAUUUUUUACAUGUCACACACUCCAGUGAAACGACCAAUCAGUUUAAAUCGUUUAACACAAUUUUUUUAGAGAGGUGAAACUGCUUUACAUUAGUAAUAGACUAGUAACUAGGAUCGAUACUAACGUUUACUGCAACCAAACCAUUAUUUCUGCUAAACAUAACCGUCUUACACGAUAUUUCAGCUUAUCUAGUAGUACAUAAUCGCUAGCCGUCCUCUAAAUCAUUCUGGAAGAUGUAAAUAAAUAAUAAUUAUAUAAUUAUAUUUUAUCCAAAUAAAAAACUGUAGUAUAAAUAGAUGAAAAUUAAUUUUAAACCAUCUAAAAAAAGUACGGUUCCCCAUGAAGCGAGCAAUGACACUUCCAAUUAUUAGGUUAUUGUUCGAAUUUGAGAAUAAUAAUUGUCAACUGAAUUAGGUGCUAACUUGCUAUCUAUCUCAAUCAUUUACUAAAGGAACAAACUGUGGAAGUAAAUAAAGCAGGUGGUCUGGACACAGUAAUGUUUCUGAAUAAGUGGAGCAUCAAUCACUCGCAAUCACUCUAGGAGUGGUUAGUGGAGAAUGCUAUGAGCGGACAUCGGCCAGUGGACGACGCACAGCAUGCAUGAGGCGGUCGGACACGUUUGUCGGACGACACGGUCCGACCGACAUGUCCGAGGACAACCGCGUGCACCUCGACUGCGGCUAGGUGGCGACGACAACGACAACGGCAAAGUGUUGCUGAGUGAGUGUGAACGAUUCGUGUAGGACACAGCAGUGGGACAGUUGUUUUGUGUUGCUGCCAUGACACCGGUCACGUGACGACACCGCCGACGACAGAAUGCCGGGCGGACGUCGGGGUCUGGUCGCGCCGCAGAACACCUUUCUCGAGAACAUCAUCCGGAGAUCCAGCUCGCAACCGGAUAGCAGUUUCCUCCUUGCCAACGCCCAGAUAGUGGACUUUCCCAUAGUUUACUGCAACGAGUCUUUCUGCAAAAUCUCUGGCUACAACCGGGCAGAGGUGAUGCAGAAGUCUUGUCGCUGCACAUUCAUGUACGGCGAACUGACUGAUAAAGAGACCAUUUCCCGCAUCGACGAAGUCCUAGAAAACCAGCUUCACGACCAAUUCGAGAUUCUCCUUUACAAGAAAAACAGCACUCCAAGAGAAACUCCAUUAUGGCUUCUCCUACAGAUAGCACCCAUAAAAAACGAGAGAGACCUCGUGGUUUUGUUCCUUCUCACCUUCCGAGAUAUAACCGCCUUAAAACAACCCAUAGAAACCGAAGACACCAAAGGAGGCCUGAGCAAGUUCGCCAAACUUGCGCGCUCUGUGACACGGAGCCGCAGCGUCCUAGUAUCCCAGUUCUCAUCACACCUGCCGAACCUCAAAGACACCACCAAACAGUCGCACCUCGCGCACGUACGUUCCACCCUAGAGCUAGCGCCAAUGAUGAGCCUGAACGCGGACGUGAUGCCCCAGUACCGACAGGAAGCUCCCAAGACACCUCCACACAUCCUGCUGCACUACUGCGCCUUCAAGGCGAUCUGGGACUGGGUGAUCCUGUGCCUCACCUUCUACACGGCCAUCAUGGUGCCCUACAACGUGGCCUUCAAGAACAAGACGUCCGAGGACGUGUCUCUGCUGGUGGUCGAUUCGAUAGUCGACGUCAUCUUCUUCAUCGACAUAGUGCUCAACUUCCACACGACGUUCGUCGGACCCGGCGGCGAGGUGGUCUCCGACCCCAAGGUCAUCCGCAUGAACUACCUCAAGUCGUGGUUUGUCAUCGACCUGCUCUCCUGUCUGCCUUACGACGUGUUCAACGCGUUCGACCACGACGAAGACGUAAGUAGUGCGGCUCUCUCUGGACUCUCAACCUCUUUAGAUUGUGACACAGUGACGGGGCCGGCCACCGGAGCCCUGCUCGACGAUGCCGAGAUGUUCGACGAAAAUGGUAUUGGCAGCUUGUUCAGUGCCCUUAAAGUAGUGAGACUUCUUCGGUUAGGUCGAGUAGUUCGUAAGUUAGAUCGUUAUUUAGAAUACGGAGCCGCCAUGCUCAUACUAUUACUCUGCUUCUACAUGCUCGUCGCUCAUUGGCUGGCCUGCAUAUGGUAUUCCAUAGGUCGAUCGGACGCAGACAAUGGCAUUCAAUACUCGUGGCUGUGGAAGCUGGCAAAUGUGACACAAACGCCCUACUCGUACAUCUGGCCCAAUGAGUCGCAGUCACCCAGUGGUGGCCCAGAACUGGUGCACGGGCCCACGCGGCGAACCAUGUACGUGACAGCGCUCUACUUCACCAUGACCUGCAUGACUAGUGUUGGAUUUGGUAACGUCGCCGCCGAAACUGACAACGAGAAAAUAUUCACCAUCUGUAUGAUGAUUAUUGCCGCACUGCUAUACGCGACAAUAUUUGGUCAUGUGACAACCAUAAUUCAGCAAAUGACAUCGGCUACAGCAAAGUAUCAUGACAUGCUGAACAACGUUCGUGAAUUCAUGAAACUUCAUGAAGUUCCGAAGGCGUUGUCAGAACGUGUUAUGGACUAUGUUGUUUCCACUUGGGCGAUGACCAAAGGAUUAGACACGGACAAGGACCGAAAAAUGGUUCUGAACUACUGUCCGAAAGACAUGAAGGCAGAUAUCUGUGUGCACCUGAACCGGAAGGUGUUCAACGAACAUCCGGCCUUCCGGUUGGCGAGCGAUGGCUGCCUCAGGGCUCUAGCCAUGCACUUCACCAUGAGCCACUCGGCGCCAGGGGAUCUGCUCUAUCACACCGGAGAGUCCAUCGACUCACUCUGCUUCAUCGUCACCGGCUCCUUGGAGGUCAUACAGGAUGAUGAGGUCGUCGCUAUCCUAGGGAAAGGCGAUGUGUUUGGAGACUCUUUCUGGAAGGACAACGCCGUGGGUCAGUCGGCAGCCAACGUGAGAGCUCUCACCUACUGUGAUCUGCACACCAUCAAGCGGGACAAGCUGCUAGAGGUUUUGGAUUUCUAUCAAGCAUUCGCCAAUUCAUUUGCUCGUAAUUUGGUGCUAACCUACAACUUGAGGCAUCGAUUAAUUUUCCGGAAGGUGGCAGACGUACGACGGGAGAAAGAGUUGGCGGAGAGGCGGAAAAACGAGCCUCAGCUGGACCAGAACCAAGACCAUCUGGUCCGCAAGAUAUUCUCCAAGUUCCGCCGCGACCGAGCCGCGCUGCAGACGCAACUGUCGCAGUCGCAGAGUCCACAGCCCGACGUCGAGAAGGGCGAAAAAAGUAGCAACGAGCUGUUAGCAAUCGAAGGCAGUGAUAGCAAAAGCAGAACUCUGGCGAAACUGACCAGUGUAGUGGAGAAGGACGAUCACACGGGGAGUAGUACGUCGACAACGGUCACUCCCACGGCAAAAGUGACCAGACCAACCACGAUACGAGCCAGCAAGUGGGGGCGGAUCCUAGGGAGUAGUUUGGAUUCGGGGAGCAGUGAAACGGGGACAAGCACGGGCACCGGAGUGACGAGGUCGGCGUCCGUCAGAGACUCACCCGCCAAGUCAAGUGGGGCGCCGGUCAAUGGCAACGGUCCCGGUCCAGGUGGAGGGGGCAACAAAGUGUUCCCCAAACUCCAGAAAGUGACCGCCGCCGGGGGCAUGGCGCCGGCCCGCCAAGACACCAUCGAGGAGAUCGUGGAACUGGAGGACAAAAUCGGUGCUAGGGGUGCCGGGUUGAGGAAGUUCGAAUCGUACGACAGUGGCAUUAUUAGGAGUAGUGACAAGUGUAUAAACGAAGGCGCAGCCAGUGGCACAGUGCCGAUGCCGUUCAGGCCUGCUCCAGCUGGCACGCCGGCCGAGUACAAGGAAAUCAUAUCGAACAUUAUGGAUUUCAAGGUGGAUGUGAAACUGGAGGUUCAGCGACUGAACCAGAAGGUGUCACGCAUGGAGGAACUGUUAACCGAAGUGCUUUCUAGGCUAGGCUCGGCCAGUCCAUCUUCCGCCUCCCAGGGACCAGAAUCGGGGGCCGAAGGUGGUGCCCAAACCCGGGGGGCGGCGACAUCUUCCGGGGGUGAGAUGGGCGCGAUCAUUUUGCGAAAAAGACGCGCCAAAUCGCGGACAAAAGCGACCGCCCCUCUCGCACCACCCCCCGUCCGGUCGUCCGACCCCGAGCCCGAAAUCCCUCCUCCCACUUCGCCGCCACCACCGCCCCCUCCCCCCUCCUCUCACUCUGCCCCCGGACGCAUUGACGACGAAAGUGCAAAGAGGCCUUAUCCCCGUCGACCCAGAGAGUUUCUAUAGCAAUUAAAA